GCCAGCUUUCCGUCAGUCACUCCGUCAGCGUAGUAUUUUCAUGCUAAAAUUCAAGAUUAUUAUUGAGAUUUAGCGUAAAUAAAUCUUCAAUGACCAAGUUUUCAUGUUAACAAGUGUAUCGCAAGUGCAAAUAGUUAAUGAGGCGGACGCAGGAAGCGUGCUAUAGUUCGGACUCACUCAUUGUAAUGAAAAAUGUCGACGCUGUAUGGAUCUACAUACAACAGAACAAAACGAAAGUGACUAGUUGACCGUGUGUUGCUGGGUGAUUAUUCUCGUUCCUAGACCUAAUUCCUGCCUUUAAAAUGGCGCAGACCGUGAGGCGUGCCAUUGAGGGCAGAUACCCAUCCUGUUACAUACCAAGUAGAAUAAAAGAAAGGCGAGCCAAAGCCAGGGCAUUAAGAUUAGAACAACAAAGAAAGCCAGAUAAGCCGGAGGACUUUGUGUGUUACUCGGACAGCGACAGCGAAGAGGAAACACCGGCACAACAACACCGAACUCUCUGCACCUCAUACAAUUUUGUGGACUAUGUCCGCUCUAGGGAAAUAUUGGCUCCAGAGCCUCGCUCGGUGGACCCGUCGUACGCGACGCGACACAUGCUCACGCACGACAUGUUCCGCGAGACGCCCGUCAACCUCGGCAACAUGAACAAAGUGUUCUGCUCGCAGUGGCUCUCAGACAGGCAGGUCGUGUUCGGCACCAAGUGUAAUAAGCUAAUGGUGUAUGACGUACGAACGCGGUCGCUGGACGCCAUUCCCACGCUGCGGCCGCGCGCGCCGUGGGCCGGGCCCGACCACCAGACCGGAAUCCACGCGCUGCAGAUCAACCCUUCCAGAACAUUAUUAGCCACCGGAGCGAGAAACUCGUGUGAACUAGCCAUAUACAGCCUGCCCACUCUAGACCCGGUGUGUGUGGGGGAAGCGCAUAAAGACUGGAUCCUGGACAUGUGCUGGCUGGACGACGAGUUCCUUGUGACGGGGUCGCGCGAUUCAAAGCUGGCGUUGUGGCGCGCGCCCGACGUCGCGCCACGAUCCGCGCCGCAACACGAUUAUGUGGCCCCGCUCGCUAUCAAGGAAUGCCGCUCCGGUCAGAAGGUGCGCGCGCUGACGUUCAACAGCCGCUGGCGCGAGAUCGCAGCGCUGACACUGAACGGCUACAUCCACGUGUUCAGCGCCGAGAGCUUCCGCCAGAAGCUGUCCCGCAAGCUGCCCUCCUGCCAGGACCUCGUCUGCCUCGCCACGCAGGAAAGCGGCGUAUACGCGAUCGGUUGUAAAUCCUACACGCUACUACUAGAUUGCCGCACGCUACAGUCCGUGAAGAAGAUCACGUCGCGCUACAACGGCUGCGGCAUCCGCUCCGCCAGCUUCCGCGGCAACAUGCUCACCAUCGGCACGGGGCUGGGUCUGCUAAUGUUCUACGACCUGCGGGCAGGCAAAUACCUAGAAAGCAAUAUCCAUUCGUCCAAGACGGUCACACUAAGGGCUUCCAGAGGCUAUGUAUUUCCGGACCAAGAAGAGGACGGUUACAACCAAGUAAAGUACGUGCCAGCCAUCUACACACACUGCUACGACCACUCUGGGACGCGAAUCUUCACAGCCGGCGGCCCGCUACCCGCGACCCUCGUCGGCAACUAUGCUGGGCUAUGGCAGUGAGCCCACCGCUGGCGUGUGGGCGUGGGCAACUAGACCACGCCUCAUCCCAGCUGUGGGCUGGAGUAUGAAUGUUGAUACCUAGUUAAAAACUUUAUACUAUACAGGGUGUUAGGUAAGUGGGUAUAUGAGCCGACACCAGCCCAUGUUAACAUGGGCAUAUAAAUGGU